AUGGACUUUAUGUUUGGCCUGGUAACGGGCAUAUUUGGAAUUGUGGUAGCAUUAGCAUUGUUUGUAGUCCAUGUCUUGAAAGUAAAUUUAGAUUUGCCUGCGCCACCCAAAACCAAUGGUCAUGUCCAGCACAAUCACCACCCCCACAAUCAUCCACACAUCUAUACGAAUGGCUCAAUAUCACAUGGCGAUGGUUUGGGAUCACGUGAAUCCACACCGGGGCCAGAUUUUACCGAUUUGUCGGAGGCCCGAUUGCGCAAUAUGAUACAAAAAAUCAUAUCGGAAACUAUUGAUAUGCCUCCGCUAUCGAAAACAUAUGCUGUCUCUGAGAUUGCUCUGGAUCGUCCCAGCAAAAUGGCCGAUAUGAAUUUGACCAAUGGUGUGGGUCUUCGUCGCCAUCGUACAGAACAUUAUUUUGAGCCGACGAUCUAUCAGGAUCUGUUGGCAACAGCUGUGCUGAAUAAGAUUGUCGACAAGCAAUCGAAUAACAAUCGCAACAUGACCGAAAGUUCACCUAAUUUGACACGCGUAAUGGCUGAUGGCGCCGAAGAUGUAGGCGGUAUCGUUGAGGGUGCUGGCGAUAUGGAUCAAAACUAUAACAUGGAAAAUCAAUCGAUAACUUCGGGUAGUUCGGUGGAGCCACGAAGUGAUUUAAGCUACACGGAUACGGAACCUAAUGUUACGACCAAUGAAGAAAAAUCUUCGGAAUUGUUGUUGAAUGCUGGCCGUGAAUCUGUAAUGAGUGAUUAUUUGGCAACUCAUAUGGUACCAUUACCAGAUCUAUCUGUUGUGGCAACGGAAUCGGAAAUGGAAUAUGAUUAUAUGUCGGUGACUUCAAGCGCUGUGGGCGACAGUGCCUGGGAGAACAAUUGGCUGUUCAAAAAGAAGAAACCUUCUUUGGCCGGUGGUUCGAUUUCAACAUCAAGCGUCGGCAUGUUGGUACCUGAUCCCAAAGAAGAUGUGCGUGCCCAAAUCGGCGAUAAGACGGCCGAUGAAAUAAGUGAUCUAUCGGAACUGGGUUCCGAUACCGAUGAUUCGUCCAUGGAUUUGUUACGUGCCAACAUGGAUCCGGUCAAUAAUCGUUUGUUUAACAAACAUCUGAUCGGGGGACAAAAUAGUAAAAUGGUUUUGGAUGAAUUGAUUGAACGCAGCAGUAUGAUAUCGAAUACCUUACAUUUGGAUCAGGAGGAGGCCUAUGCCGAGACACGCAAUGUUGAUGUUGAUGUUCCCAGUAAAAAUGAAGCCAUAAACACAAAUGUCAGCCAGCAAAACAAUAACAACAAUAAUAGCGACAACAAUAACCAGGAAGAUCAAAAGAAUUUGGAGGUUCUAAAUCCACCCUUGGGCUUUGGGGAUCACAGCAGCAGCAAUCCCUUGGCAGCCACAUCAUUGGAUUCAAAUGCUCCCAACUUUUUAUAG